UAUUCUGUUUUCGUCGAUCAUUCAUUUAUCCGGUCCCGCACACUAUAUAGUAGCAAUCGCAUUGCAGUCGCAGCAGUCAUCGCGCCAACAUCAUCAAUACUUCCAGCACCACAUAUGCAGCUGUCCAGCGCGAAAUUCUCGAUCUCCGCCGCUGCAUCUCGACGCUAUAGUAUCAGCACGCAUCUCGUCUUGCACGCAUUUCAUAUACCCGACCGUUGUAGCAUUAGAUGCACUCCGAUCUACCAUCAUAAUAUUAUAUUAUUGCACUGACUACAAAGAAUGAUCAAUAGCGCUGCGCACGACUAGUUUUAGCGUAACGGAAGACGACGACGACGGUGCGUUUACGCAUUGCGGAAGCAGCAGCAGCAGCCGCUGUACAGAUAUACCAUACGAGCGGUACACGGCGUGCUCGUAGCGAAAGCAUCAGGCGCCCGAGACGAGAGCACCAACUGCACAGUGACGAUUGAGGCGAAUAGUCGUGGAACCCGGCGCAAAAUCGCCUGCACCAUCAGCUCAAGCGUAUCUAGAGAACUAUACCAAACGACAAAGGCGACAACAAUUACGUGCUGACUGCAGUUACCUGCAAGUUCAUUACGGUGUCACCGAAUUUAUCCCAUCAUUUAUCAUCAACCAUAAACAACACUAACACCAAACAGCGGGCCUAGUCACGUUCGCCACAAGCAGAUAUUACCCCCGCAAUUUCAACUGUGAUCAUUGAUUCAACAGGUACAGUUCGUCACCAGAACAUCUAGCCACGGUAUCAUCAAAAUGGAUAACCCGGCAGCAGUGUUAACGGAUGACGUAGAGGAUUGGAGUCCACGGGCGCCAUCGAUAGGCAGCAAUCAGCCACAGACAAAUGCUAGGUUAAGCGGUGGUUCUGGCGGCAGUUUACCUAAUAAUUCAUCACAGACACAAUCAACAACACCCCAACAUAAACAACCAACACCCCAACAACAUUACAAGCGCAACGCGUCCACUUAUUCAAUAGACAUUCCAGCAACCCUAGGAUUGAUGGUGACGAGCGGCAACCCCGCUGCCAACGAAGGAUCAACUACAUCGUCUACUAUGAAGCUGACCGAGUAUUCGAGCAGCGGCAGCAACAGCAGCAACAGCGGAAGCGUCGGCGACGGGACCGCGACUGCAACGUCGUACAUCAUAUCGGGCGGAAACGGCACAAAAUCCGAUGGCAACGGAACGGUUAGCGGACGCCGUCGCAAAGGCGGCAAGAAGCUGCCGCGUUACGACCCGUUCCAGAUGCGGGACAAGGCCAAAGCGACCACUGACAGCGGUGCCUUAUUACAUCUUAUUAAGAGCAGUCUUGGCAGUGGAAUCCUCGCCAUGCCGAACGCAUUCAAAAAUGGUGGACUCAUUUUCGGACUUGUCGGUACGGCAGCCAUCGGAGCGCUUUGCACGCAUUGCAUCUACCUUCUGGUGUUGUGUUCGCAAGCGCUAGCCCGCCGCACCCGCCGUCCGGCCCUCGGGUUUGCCGAAACCGCCGCAGCCGCGUUCAGUACUGGCCCGCGCCGAUUCCGUGCCUGGGCCCCAUUCGCCAGAGAAUUUGUCAACGCUGCCCUGUUCUGCACGUAUUAUUUUGGUAACACCGUAUACGUGGUGCUCGUUGCUGCAUCGUUCAAACAGGUUGCCGACACGCACACUGCGCCGGAAUGGCACAUGCCCGUCCGGGCCUGGAUCCUCAGCAUGGCCAUUCCGCUGGUGCCGCUUGGUAUCGUCCGUUCGCUCCGACUGUUGGUCCCGUUCUCGGCCAUAGCCACUGCAUUCAUACUGGUUGGUUUGGGAUGUACCAUGUCGUGGGUGGUGACUGGCGUCAGCCUGUUCGCUGACGAGAGUGCCCUGACGGCUGCCGUACCGCUGCCCGACAUCGGGUCCCGUCCGUGGAUCGCUCCCGUAGGCCACAUGCCCUUGUUCUUCGCCACAGUCCUGUUCGCCAUGGAGGGCAUCGGCACCGUACUCCCGAUCGAGAACUCGAUGCGCCAUCCACAGCGGUUCCUCACGGCUCGUCCUUGCGGAGUUCUGAACGCCGCCAUGACGCUGGUCGUGUGUCUGUAUUCGGUCGCCGGAUUCCUUGGCUAUUUGCGUUUCGGUGACGCCACUGACGGAUCGAUCACUCUCAAUCUGCCCAACGAUCUGUUCGCCGAGUCGGUGAAAAUCAUGGUAGCACUGUCCAUUCUGUUCUCGUACGGUCUGCAGUUCUGUGUGCCUAGCGAGAUAGUGUGGACUCGGCUGGAGCCAUGGCUGCGCAAGCGUCGACAAAACAACAUGUAUUCCGCGGACAACAAAAUUACAACUUGCGGCGCGGCUGUGACCACCAUCGCCGGCAGCACCAUGUCUACGGCUACCGCAGUCACCACGACCAGUGCCACGUCUAUGGACGAGAAAAAGAAACUCGAAAUCGAAUCCAACCAGCAGGACAAACCCAUGGACGGAGCGUACUAUGUAAUGAGGGCCUCCAUGAUCCUGGGAACCGUGCUCAUCGCCGCCCUGGUGCCCGACCUGGCGCCGUUCAUAUCGCUCAUCGGCGCGGUGUUCUUCUCCAUACUGGGACUGAUGUGCCCGGCCGUCAUCCAUCUGGCCACGUUCUGGAACCACGGUAACGAGGACGGCGAGGACACGGACGACGCGACCGACUCGGACGACGACUUGGACUUUGACGGCGACUACUACGCGGUGGACGACGACACGGACCUGGAGGCGGUGCAGCGGCAGCCGCAGCGGAGGAGGAGCAGCGGCCGGUCGACGCGUCGCCGCAAGGGCAUGAGCAGCUGGACCGUGGCCAAAGACGUGGCCAUCGUUUUGAUCGCACUCAUCGCCCUGGUGUCCGGCACGUACGCGUCACUGGUGGACAUCGUGGCGUUCUACGGGUCCGGCGGCGAGGGCGGCCAUCGCGCGGCCAACGGCAACGGCACCGCCGCGGCUCACGGCACCACCACCAUCGGACCUGGCCCGGAAUCGGCGUUCCUGGUAGCGGCGAACGGCGGACAUUAGACCGGACAUACCGGACGCGAGGACAGAACAACAACAACAAUAUACAAUAUACAUUAAAUAAUAUACACCGCCGCGUCAACGACUGCUCAUCCAGCCGUCGUCGUCAUAACAUCGACAGCCGCCCCAGCCCGUCCGCGGCAGCCUGCCCGGCAUGGCUAUAGAACAGAGUUACCCGUACCACAACCGUCACUAUAACUAAUCACUGUUGGCCCAAACGCCUUUAUCGCCCUAACCUAAAUUAAAAUGAAAUUUAUUUUCGAAAAAAUUCCCCGACGAUGUAUACCAGCUAUCUGUACUUUUUAUUUUCGACGUCCCGUGAAGUUUUCGGCAUAUCGAACCGUCGACUGCCCAAUGUAUAUUAUUUGAUUAUUGCUAUAUUGAUUUUUGUUUUUUCAGUAUUUUUUUUUUCUAUUUAUUAACUACUAUCGUUUGUAUGAUAAUAUAUAUUAUAUUAUAUAUAUUUAUAAUUUUAAUAUAGUAUUAGGUAAUAAGGUAUUAUAGUGCGUAGUUUUGCGAACGCAAACAUUUUUUUCCCUAUUAUUUUUCGCCUUUAAGUUUCUCGCUGUAUCGUAUUAUAUUAUAUCAUAAAUUAUAUAAUAUAAUAUCAAUUUUAUUAUGAUUUAUUUUUAGUUUUAAUUUUUUCUUAACGUUGUUGGGCUUAAUAUUACAUACGAGUGCGAGUUCACGACAAAAUAUUUUGUAAUUAUAUACAUUAGUAUACAUUAAUAUUAUUUGUAAUGUUAAAAUUCGAAACAUUACUACUUUUGCUUUUCACCCAUUAUAAUAAUUUAUUAUUUAUUCCACUGUUGAUUCAGCAGAAAAAUCAUAAACGACAUUUUGUAAAUGUUACUCAUA